AUGAAUGUGAAACGAUUGCGAUCUGUAUUAAACGAACAAGUGGAAAUUCAUGGAAGGGGUAAUUUUCCAACACUUAGCGUACGUUUACAUGAUUUAAUUGUACGUGUUCGGGAUUGUCUGCGUGCAGCUGACAUCGCACCGAAGCAUGUUAAAAUGAAUGGUGGCGCGGCAUCAUUCGUCGUUGCUAGCGAAGAAUUCGCUUAUUCUGAUCUCGAUUUAAUAUUUCCAAUGAGCUUCGAUAGUGAAGAGAGCUUUGAAAAAGUUCGUGAAGCAGUUUUUCAAGCACUUGUGCAAUUGAUGCCCGAAUCGACGAAUAAGGAAAGGAUUUCGGCUGAAACACUAAAAGAUAUUUAUAUCCGAAAAAUGGUAAAAGUAACUGAAGACGAUCGUUGGUCACUCUUCUCAUUGCACAAUGAUUUUGGUCGAUGUAUAGAAUUGAAAUUUGUGGAUAGGAUGCGCCGACAAUUCGAAUUCAGUGUUGAUAGUUUCCAAAUAACUCUUGAUGUACUCUUAGAUAGGCCUGACCAUCCAAAGCCAAUUAUUGCCGUUGAAAGCAUGUUUGGUGAUAUAAACAAGGCUUUACAACAUUUGAAUGAGAAAUUAAUUGAUACGAGAAGACCUGAAGAGAUACGAGGUGGCGGUCUUCUUAAAUAUUGUCACCUUCUUACACGCGGUUAUAAAGCAGCUAGACCAAAUAAAUGCCGACAACUUGAGCGAUAUAUGUGCUCACGUUUUUUCAUUGAUUUUCCUGAUGUUAACAGUCAAGAAAUCAAACUUGUGGCAUAUUUAGAUAAUCAUUUUGGCAACGCUGAUCAGGCGAAAUACGACUAUUUACUCUUGUUAUAUCGUGUUAUUAGCGAAAGUACAGUCUGUUUAAUGUCGCAUGAACGACGUCAAACGCUUGCAAUGGUGGAUCGGCUGGCAUAUCAACUCUCGGUUAAUAUCUAUUAUAAUCAAAGCUGUAUGGGGGGAUAUUGUGGACAUACUCCUCGUCAAACGCUUUUGUAUCUUCCACCGAAUUCCUCUUAUUGGAUACCUGUUGUAUAA